AUGUCUCUUUCCUCAGUCAAGCGCUUGGGGAAGCGAAUCAUCGACUACCCAGAGGAAACUGCUGGUGUGGCUUCCGUAACGGAGUGGCUUAAGCCCUUGUCCUCGAACCCUGCUAAACCUGUCAAAGCCUACCUCUUGAGCUUGUUUCCAAUCCUUGGUUGGAUUACUCGCUACAAUCCAGAAUGGCUUUAUGGUGACUUGAUAGCGGGGUUGACGGUGGGCAUAGUUGUCGUUCCGCAAUCAAUGUCUGCCAUUCGCUACACCUGUCUGAGACUUGAAGGGCGGUUCCCACGUCGCGUCUCAACCCGCAUAUUGUUCUUCAUCAGUGUGUUUCGGAACGCCUUUGUAAUGAUUAUCUUGACGCUGGCCGCUUGGCUGUACUGCCGGCACAGAAAAGUGGAUGGGAAUUAUCCCAUCAAGAUCUUAUUGACAGUUCCUUCUGGGUUCAAGGUGGUGAGGCAGCCAAUCAUCACUCGCAAACUUAUUUCAGCAUUAGCACCCAAGCUUCCCGUCGCGACGAUCAUUCUCUUCUUGGAGCAUAUCGCCAUUUCGAAAUGUGAGAAGGUCACAGUGUCUUAUGGGAAAAAGCGCUCAUUCAUCUCCACAGCUUUCGGGCGGUUAAACAGUUACAAGAUCGAUCCGAACCAAGAGCUGAUUGCGAUCGGCGUUACAAAUACGGUUGGAUCUUGCUUUGGCGCUUAUCCAGCGACUGCGUCUUUCUCUCAUUCAGCGCUCAAGUCCAAGUCGGGUGUUCGUACACCUUUGGCUGGUGUAUACACCGCCGUCGUCGUCGUUGUUGCUUUGUAUGGCCUUACCCCUGCGUUCUUCUGGAUUCCAACUGCAGGCCUGUCCGCUAUCAUCAUUCACGCAGUCGCUGAUUUUGUAGCGUCUCCUGCACGGGUCAGACUUGUUCAUCAUCUCAGGCUCAAGACACUUAUUUAUCCCUGUCAUUUUAGGUCUACUCCUACUGGCGCGUUUCGCCCCUGGAGUUUUUCAUUUGGGCAUGUCCUCGUCACCGUUUUUUCAUCCAUCGAAAACGGAAUUUACAUAUCCAUUUCCGCUUCCCUCGCGUUGCUCUUAAUUCGGGUCGCACGCCCUCGAGGGGCGUUCCUAGGCAAAGUCACCGUCCGGCCUUCUGGAUCUACUGUUGAUCGAGAGGUCUAUUUACCGCUCACCAAAGAUGGCAUCAUGAAUCCACACGUCAAGGUCGAAGCUUCCUCACCUGGAGUGCUAAUCUAUAACCUCGAGGAGAGCUUUGUAUACCCUAACUCCCAUAUCGUCUACACUGCAAUUGUGGACUACGUCAAGGCGAAGUUCAGACGUGGGAAGGACAUGUCUGUCAAAGCUGCUGACCGUCCUUGGAAUGAUCCGGGUCCCAGGCGUGCUGGCGAUUACGAGAGCGAACAGAGCGCAAAUUUGGAAAAACCCAUUCUACACGCCAUAGUCCUCGAUUUUUCUGCAGUGUCCCAUGUAGAUACUACUGCCGUCCAAGGGCUCAUCGAUAUCCGCACCGUCGUCGAAAAGUGGGUCGAUCACCCCGUAGAGUUCCACUUCGCACCCAUCAUGUCACCCUGGAUUAGACGCGCUCUCGUGACGGGUGGGUUCCGAAUAGGUAUUCCAAACUCUGAGUUACGCCGGACCUCGCCUCCGUCGCUCCGUACAACGAGAGCCGACUCUCAAUCGGGAACUGUGGAGUGGAAGCCGGUGGUUCCAUCGGAUACCCCAUUUUUCCACCUUGAUCUUGGAGCAACAGUUCGUGCAGCUGAGAGCGCGGUGAGGCAUGUAACACCCUGA